AGAGUUCAGAUUCAUUUAGUAGUUUGCUUUCAUGAAGUAAAAACCAGAAAAAUUUGUAGUUUCAAAAUUAUUUUCGUAUACUUUCCAUAGUAAAAAAAAAUUCAAAAAUUAGAUUGAAAAUGGAUUAUUCUACAUAUGCACAGCUCUCUGGCUUCCCUUACAUGCCCACUCCGGAGAUAUUCUACCCAGAGAUGGGUGGCGCUGUGCGGCAACAGGAGCAACAGAAGCAGUGCGAUGGCUUUCAACAAGGAUCCAGCCAAGACUAUCAAGCCAGCCAAUCGGCUCCCGACUAUUACCAAUAUCAGGGCCAAGGACAGGAAAACAAGUCGGAUGGCUUCCAAGCCAAUCCCUAUAGUUCUGGUCGUCAAUAUACAAGUUCUGAAUAUCGCUGCAUGGCGCGGGAGCAGAAACGAGCCAAGGAAAUGCGGUCGCGCAAUGGAUUAUAUUCACCCUACGAUUCCGCUGCUCGCUACAGUGGCGGGGAUGCCAGCCAAUACCCCAAUUUUACAGAUGGCGAGAGGCGAAUGGAACCCCAGAAUAGAAAUCCAUACUGGUGAUACUCUGAACCUGCUAAAUUAACAUUGUUUUGUGCGUUUCUUUUUGGUCAUAGUCUGGAAAAUAUACAAUAUUCUAAAACUUA